CGUCUUUACACAAAAUUCAAGAUUCAUGAAAGUUCGUGAAACUUAUUCUUUAUGUCAAUACAAAAAAAGAGCAUUUUUUUUAUUUUAUUUCUUUGGGCUUUAGGACCACAUUAGACUGAGACAAACACGAAAUACAAAAUGCAAAAUCGACUUAUAAAAUGCUCACCUAGUCACUAGACCAAUAUUUUUUAUUUGUUAAUGGUUCUGAUAAGUUAUAUGAUAAGAAUUGUUGAUAUUAUUUUCAGAAUGGUCUUGGAGGGGUGAGUGUGGAUGUGAGUUUGCUUGUAUUGCAUUUGUGCCAUAACUGUAAAAAUAGCACCACCUUAAAACCUCCUUAUUUAAAGUGCCCCGAAGCCUAAAUAAUGAGUUCUAUAUGAGUUGAUAGAUGGUGAAAAGGUUAGAACACUAAUGGUUUAAAAAAAAAAAUAAAGUACAUGAACGCAGCCUGGGCUGGGUCUCCUCCUCCGGGACGCACCUGGAGACGGACGACCACCUGUGAAAGCAGAUCUCUGCGUCACGCCUCUCAGCUCCCAAGUCUCCGGGAUAUGUGCGCGCUUUAUCCAGGCCGGGAUCUAAACAUGCUGUGAUUGACACUAUGCGCGAUGAAUGCCACAUGGGGUCUCCUGACGGUUUUGAGUCUGGUGUGCCACACUGAGUCGAUGUGCUCACCGACCUCCUACUACAAGAACUGCUGGAUCCGACGGUUCCCGGGGAUCUUCAUCGACAUCGAAGAGUCUCAGAGAAGAGGGGCGCAGCUUCUGAGGUCCUACCCAGAGGAGACGGCGCUGAAAUGCAGCCGCAGCUGCUGCCUCACCAGAAACUUUUCCUGUAAUCUGGCCAUAUUUCACUUUGGUGCACAAGAGAAUGUGAACUGCGUCCACCUGCACUGUCCAACACUGGAGAGCUGCAUUCUGAGUCACAGGGGGAACGUUGUCCUCUACAACAUCACAAAGGGUGUGGAUCCUGAUCUGUUAGUGUUUGGAAAACACUUUACGUCCAACGUUCGUGUGCUUCCCCACCACUACAGCAGAGUGAACGCCACAGAUCCGCUGCUCUCAGACAAGCGACAGUUCAUCCAUCCGCCUCCUCAUCCGCUGCAGCCUCCCACCUCUGCGCCCACUGUAAAACCUUCGAUUCCAGCGACUGAAGCGGACACCAGCACAGCACAGCAGAGCAUUCGUCAGCUCACAACUGAUUCUCCAACUAAAAGUGUCCUCUGCUGCACCGAACAAACCUCCCCAUCCUCGGAAAGGCACGUGCAAACAACAAUCCCAACAACUGCUGCAACAUCUACUGAGCCUAGCAUCACCACAUCAAAUUCGGUUACCACUGCAACCUCUGUUGACCUAGAGAUGCCUCCAGGGUUAUCUACAACUGCAAAACCCUUCACAUCCAUCCCUACCCUUCAUCCAACCACCACCAUCUUUAAGCUGGCCAGCAGCCCUUCAACAACCCCACCUCUUACGAGUGAGACAGAGAGCAUCAUCAACAGCAACAUGGAUGCCACCGUCGAGGAGAACCAUACUGCAGGCGGUGAUGAAGGUCAGGAAGUUGGUGAGGAAAAACCUGUAGAAGAGCUGGGGCCUGGAUGGCAUGCAGCCACCCACACUUUACUGGUUACUGUGGCCAUCUGUGUCACGCUCCUGCUGAGCUGCUGUUGCUCUGUUCUGCUUGUGGUGAGCUGGAGGGGCCAAAGGAAGAGGAUGGGCCGCUAUCGCACAUCGUGGAGAGGAAAACGAGGCUCCAUGCGUCUGAUUAAGUAUGUGCUGGUUAAGGAGACCUCCUGAAAGACAGAACUUUCACUUCCUUUUAUUGUCUUGUAUGAAGAAAUGAGGUGAUGCUCAACCCGUCACGUAAGAGUAAGCACGGACCUGUUACCAGUACUAAAAUAUACCAGAGCUCUUUAAAGUUACGGUUUCAAACCUGCUAAAAUUUCUCCAUCAUACGGUUCCUAAGAUUUAAUGAGAUCCCAGAGAAAGAGCCAAAGAGACAAGUUUUAUCUGGCUGCAUCAAGCACAGAGUGAUAUAUUACCACCCCACCCCCACAUGUUGACGUGCACUGCUGGUCAGCUAGUUGUAAAUGGGUUAUCAUGCUUUAUCCCUUGCUUACAAGUUAGACAAAUUUGCCUUUUUGGAAAUGCUACUCUCCAUGGUUUAGAAACUAAAGGCGCAGAAUAGAAAACAUGUAUAAUAUCCAAUAUGAUAAAAUUACUACCAAGUUA